UCUUAGGCGGCGCCAUUUUGUAGUUAGAGCCGCUACAGCCGCCGGCGGUGUGGGGCUGAGUUGGUGGCGGAGACUGGAAGCAAGGAUGGCGGAGACUCUGGCAGGAUCUGGCGAGUCUGGCCCUGGCACGGCCGCUCUCGUCUCGGGUGCCUUGGAGACCGGGACACGGCGGCUUAGCGAGCUGCGGGUCAUUGACCUGCGGGCGCAGCUGAAGAAGCGGAACCUGGACACCAGCGGCAAUAAGAGCGUCCUGAUGGAACGGCUCAAGAAGGCUGUUAAGGAAGAAGGGCAAGAUCCUGAUGAAAUUGGCAUUGAGUUAGAAGCUGCAAGCAAGAAAACAACGAAGAGAUGUGUUAAAGGACAAAAGAUGGAGGAGGAAGGCACAGAAGACAAUGGCCUGGAAGAAGAUUCCAGAGAUGGGCAGGAGGAUAUGGAAGCAAGUUUGGAGAACUUGCAGAAUAUGGGCAUGAUGGACAUUAGCGUGUUAGAUGAAACCGAAGUCGAGAACAGUAGUGCUCCAGAUUUUGAGGAGGAUGGCUCCGACAGCUUGCUCGAUUCCUUUUGUGAUAGUAAAGAGUACGUGGCUGCACAACUGAGACGGCUUCCAGCUCAGCUCACAGAACCUGCUGUGGAUGGGGAAGGCUUUGAGAACGCUCUGGAAGCUUCAUCAUUGGACUUCAAAGUAACUCCGGAUACUGAAGAGCCUCUAUUGGAGCCAGAAAAUGAGAAAAUACUCGACAUUUUGGGGGAAACUUGUAAAUCUGAGCCAGUAAAAGAAGAAGGUUCCGAGCUGGAGCAGCCAUUUGCACAGGAUACAAGUAGCGUGGGGCCAGACAGAAAGCUUGCGGAGGAAGAGGACCUUUUUGACAGCGCUCAUCCGGAGGAGGGUGAUUUAGAUUUGGCCAGCGAGUCAACAACACAAGCUCAGUCGAGCAAGGCAGACACCCUGUUAGCGGUAGUGAAAAGGGAGCCCGUGGAGCAGACAGGCGAUGGCGAGAGGACGGACUGUGAGCCUGUAGGGCUAGAGAAGCCAGUUGAGCAGAGUAGUGCGGCCUCCGAGGACGCGGCGGCCUGUAGCGAAGAGGUCGCAGAAGCGCCCACGGAAGCCCCAAGCCCAGAAGCCACAGAUAGCAAAGAAGACGUGAAGAAGUUUGAUUUUGAAGCUUGUAAUGAAGUCCCUCCGGCUCCUAAAGAGUCCUCAACCAGUGAGGGCGCUGAUCAGAAAAUGAGCUCUUUUAAGGAAGAAAAAGAUAUAAAGCCAAUCAUUAAAGAUGAAAAAGCAGGCCGAGUGAGCAGCAGUUCUGGUAGGAACCUGUGGGUCAGUGGACUGUCCUCCACAACACGAGCAACAGAUCUGAAGAACCUUUUCAGCAAAUAUGGAAAGGUUGUUGGGGCCAAAGUGGUAACCAAUGCCCGCAGUCCUGGGGCUCGAUGCUAUGGAUUUGUCACCAUGUCAACAUCAGAUGAAGCCACCAAGUGUAUCAGCCAUCUGCACAGAACUGAAUUACAUGGAAGAAUGAUCUCCGUGGAGAAGGCCAAAAAUGAACCUGCUGGGAAAAAGCUGUCUGACAGAAAAGAAUGUGAAGUGAAGAAGGAAAAGUUUUCCAGUGUUGACAGACAUCAUUCUGUGGAGAUCAAAAUUGAAAAAACUGUAAUUAAGAAGGAAGAGAAGAUUGAGAAAAAGGAAGAAAAAAAGCCUGAAGACAUUAAAAAGGAAGAAAAAGACCCAGAUGAGCUCAAACCAGGACCUACAAAUCGGUCUAGAGUUACCAAAUCAGGAAGUCGAGGAAUGGAACGGACUGUCGUAAUGGAUAAAUCAAAAGGAGAGCCUGUCAUUAGUGUGAAAACCACAAGCAGGUCCAAAGAGAGAAGCUCCAAGAGUCAGGAUCGCAAAUCAGAAAGCAAAGAAAAGAGAGACAUCCUGUCAUUUGAUAAAAUCAAAGAACAGAGGGAGCGAGAGCGCCAGCGGCAGCGGGAGCGAGAAAUCCGAGAAACGGAGAGGCGGCGGGAGCGGGAGCAGCGGGAGCGGGAGCAGCGCCUGGAGGCCUUCCAUGAGCGCAAGGAGAAGGCGCGGCUGCAGCGUGAGCGCCUGCAGCUCCAGGGCCAGCGGCAGCGGCUGGAGCGCGAGCGGCUGGAGCGGGAGCGGUUGGAGCGGGAGCGCAUGCGUGUGGAGCGCGAGCGCAGGAAGGAGCAGGAGCGCAUCCACCGCGAGCGCGAGGAGCUGCGGCGCCAGCAGGAGCAGCUGCGCUACGAGCAGGAGCGGCGGCCCGUGGCACGGCGGCCCUACGACCUGGACGGCCGGCGAGAUGAUAUGUACUGGCCAGAAGGAAAACGUGUGGCAAUGGAGGACAGAUACCGUGCUGACUACCCCCGGCCGGAUCACCGCUUCCACGACUUUGACCAUCGCGACCGGGGCCAGUACCAGGACCACGCCACUGACAGGAGGGAAGGGUCCAGGCCAGUGAUGGGAGAGCGAGAUGGGCAGCACUACUCAGAUGACCGCCGUGGCCACGGAGGACCCCCAGAGCGCCACAGCCGGGACUCCCACGACGGCUGGGGAGGCUACGGCUCAGACAAGAGAAUGAGUGAAGGCCGGGGGCUGCCUCCUCCCCCCAGGGGCAGCCGUGACUGGGGAGAGCACAACCCGAGGCUGGAGGAGCAUCCAGCACGCACAUGGCAGGGUGCUGUGGACACAGGCGCGGCAGGCCGGGAGCACGCAAGGUGGCAAGGUGGUGAGCGAGGCCUAUCUGGGCCCUCAGGACCGGGGCACGUGGCAAGUCGGGGUGGCGUGGCGGGGCGAGGCGGCUUUGCACAAGGUGGACAUUCCCAGGGCCAUGUGGUACCAGGUGCUGGACUGGAAGGUGGUGGAGUGGCCAGCCAGGACCGGGGCAGCAGAGUCCCACAUCCACACCCCCACCCGUACCCCCACUUCACCCGCCGCUACUAAUUCCCACUCCCUGCGAGUUUUCAGGUAGGCAGAUGCACUGUUGAACCUGUUGGCCAGAGUUACCUUGAAUUCCUGAAGUCUUUUAAACAACAAAAGCAAAUUCUGCCACCAUGUUGUAGCUCAAUACAAUGUGAACUCACUUUUUUUUUUUUUUUUUUAAAUAAAUAUGUUCUUGUUCUGCCAUUUUUAAGAUAAGGUUUCUUUAAC